AUGUCCGAAGAAGCGCAUCGGCUAGAUGAGCGUUUCGAAGAGAUAUUGGGAAAAUUGAAGCCUUACCUCCUACGAUUGCCGGCCUCUCAAAAAUCGAGACUCUGCAAGAACUGGCUAGAGAGACUGAAUCGCGCGGAAGAUCAAAGAGCUUUAAGGAAUGAUUAUCUGGUUGAGCUUUACAAGCAACUGAAGAGUGAAUGUCUUGGCGGGCCGUUCGAUAAACCGCCUAAAGCCGGGAAGCUCAUUCCUAUCUCUUACAUCCAUCGGAUGCCAGCGAGUUCGUCGUGCAACGAGCUUACGGAGACGAGUUUGUCAUUAUGCGAGGAAAAGUGGAGUUGGCCAAAUGCGCGAUCGAAAAGUCUGCGAAGAGACGAUCGAAUGCGGCGACCGAGCCCAGCGACGAAACAUUGUUUCAACUCGUCGACCAGUGUCGAGGAGAACAUUCCAACCUCCCCGACGGUUCACUUCCACGAAUACGACAACAGAUUCGACGACAAUCUGCCGAUAACGUACCAAAAUAGAAUUGACACGCUGAACGCCAUAGUUAUUGAGUUGGAAGCCCAAAACGAGAAAAUGAAGCAGAAAAUCGCACAGUGCCACAAGGCCUCGAACGCCAGCGAAGUGCCGCAGUUGCAGACGAGAAUCAAGCUUCUCACGAACGAAAUAGCGACUCUAAAGAAGAAGCUAACGGAGGUCUGCGAGAUCAAAACACUGCUGGAAAACAAUCACCGUAAGGUGAUCAGCGAGUACAAGGCGAAGAUGACCGAGCAGUUCAACAAGAUGAAGAAGCAGCUGGUGAGCGCGAGGCUGGAGAAGAAGGAACUGCAGAGCAAGAUCGCCACAGUCGAGCUGAAGCUGCAAGAGCUAAACCAGGAGAAGGAGCUCUCGUCCAAGACCAGCGAGAAGACAUGGGUCCAGCAGGUCGAGAGCUUGAAGCAGGACUACGAGCAGAUGCUACAGGAGAAGGAGGCCGAACUGAGGAAGAAGGACGAGCUGAUGCAGAGGAAGGAGGCCGAGAUCGGACAGAAGAUCGCGGAAAUCCAGAUGCUGAACGAGAGACUCAAGGAACUGCAGCAGCUCGUGGACAUUAAGACUCAGAAAGAUAUGAAACUGCAGUCGAUGCUGGUCAGCCAGUACAACACCAUUAAGGACGAGCUGUCGCAAAUGAGGAGCAACAUCGAAACGGCCACGCAGAGACAGAGUGACAGCCACAAGCAGGAAAUAGGCACUCUGAAGAGGAAUCUGCAGAAGCUUGAACAAGAGUACGAGAAGAAAAUUUCUCGCGUCGUCAAAGAGAAGAACAAAGAGAUAGCCGGUCUGCAGCAGCAGCUGCAAGCCAACGAGAAGUACUCGGACGACUCGUUGCUCUCGAGGAGACGCUACGGCGGAAUUGGUGACGGUGGCAAUCCUCUCGCUAUUAUAUACAAGGAGUUUUUGGACGCUCUUCAGACCACCGCUAAGGACAAACGUUACAAGUAUUAUGAGAAAUUAUCAUUCAUGGAAGACUCGAUGAGUCGUCUAACGAAGGAAUUUUAA